AUGGCUGCCCAGCGGUGCGCACCGUCCGGGCUGUCGCUCGCCGCGCUGCUGCUGCUGCUGCUGGCGUCGGGCUCCGCGGGCACUGCGGGCGCCCAGUGGAGCGGCCCUGGCACCACCCCGCAACUGCAGCGCAUCUUCCUGGGCUACUGUGCGGAGUACCUCGAGCUGCUGAACCCCCAGCUGCGGGACAAGAACUGCACAGCCAUCUGGGAAGCCUUUCAAACGGUGCUGGACAAGGACCCCUGCUCUGUGUUACCCUCCGACUACGACCUUUACAUAAACCUCUCCAGGCAUUCCAUUCCCAGAAAUAAGUCUCUGUUCUGGGAAAAUAACCAGUACCUUGUGAUCAGCUAUGCAGAGAACGGCCUCCGCCUGAUGCCCCUGCAUGAUGUUCUGUACGGCAGGAUGGGGGCUCUCCUGAGCUGGUGUCGGCAGCAGAACGGCUCUGGACUCGAUUACCAAUCCUGCCCUACAUCGAAGGAUUGUGAAGACAACGCCGUGGAUUCUUUCUGGAAACGGGUGUCCGUGCAGUAUUCAGUGGAUAGUUCUGGGGUGAUCUACAUCAUGCUGAAUGGUUCAGAGCCAUCAGGAACCUAUUUCAAAAAAGGGUUUUUGGCAGAUUAUGAGAUUCCCUACUUGCAGAAGGAUAAAAUCACACGAAUUGAAAUCUGGGUUAUGCAUGAAAUCGGGGGACCCAACCUGGAAUCCUGCGGAGAAGGCAGUGUGAAGAUCCUGGAAGAGAGACUGCAGGAGCUGGGUUUUCAGUACAGCUGCAUCAAUGACUACCUGCCAGUGAAACUCUUAAAGUGUGUGGACCACAGCACUCAUCCUGACUGUGCCUUAAAGUCGCAAGUAAAUAUCCUAACCCAACCUUGUUGCUUCUCCAAGACAACCAGGCUCACUCUUUACCGAACACUGAUGAGCUCCACAGACGCGGUACCAGGGGACUUCGGGCCUGAAGAGGAGGCGGACGCCGUGAUGGUUAAGAUGCUGACGGCUCAGUAUGUGUGA